GACACCUGUUUGCUCACGUACUGAUUGAACAUAAAAUAUCAUGAUUGAUCAAUCGCGUUUGGCACAGUGACAAUUUUUAAACGUCGAUAUAAGUGAUAGCGUGCUUUCGGGAACAGGUGUGUAUAUGUAUAUACAUAUGUGUGGUGCGAACGGGACUUAUAUAUUCUCGAAGCUUAUCCGGUUACCAUGGAGAUAGAACGCGAUAACAUUUCUCUCUUCUUCGAAUAACAUUAAGAGGAGUUGAAGGAGCAAGCGCAAAAAGCGCAUGAAACAAAAGGAAUUAUACCAUAAUAUUAUUACAGUUAAAUUAAAUUAGUUCAAGAGGAAAUAAUGGCGAAUAAUGUCCUCAGUAACGGUCGUUUACAGGAAAAUACAGUCGUACAACGGACGAGAAAUGACAGAAGCAAAAGAGCUCCGGAUAUAGCAGCUAUAGAGAAUCGCAAUUGGCUAUUACAUCGACAUUAUACGAGACACGAGUUCAGUGCUUGCAAGCUACUAAUCGAACAGGAACUAAUGAAAUCGGACGGUCACGAAUACGCCAGUUAUUUGAAGGGUUUAAUUCUCAGAAAGGAAGGCAAGAUUCAAGAUUCACUGGAUUGUUUUCAAACCGCGUACAAUGUGAAUUCGACAAAUAUCGACAACGUUAAACAGAUAGCGAAAUCGUUAUUAAUAAUGGGAAGUCAUAGGCGUGCAAUAGACGCAUACACGGAAGCCGAGAAGAUAUCCGCUGUACCGGAUUGGGAAAUAUAUUACGGUCUUGGUGAAGCUUACGUGAAAUUGAAUCAAUUACAAGAGGGUAAGAAGCAUUUCAAGAGAUCAACCGAGUUAACGAAAAACGAAUUGCCCAAUCUUGCUCUUGCAAGACUUUAUUUUCUAGAUGAUAUGAUUCCAGAAGCCAGAAAUGCUUAUACGGCAGCUUUAAACGCUAAUCCCGAGAGUAUCGACGCAGCGACGGAAUUGGGUCUCUUGUAUCUAAAAAUUGGAGAUACACAACGAGCAUUUCAGCAAUUUGGAGCGGCAUUAGCUUAUUCGCCUAAUUGCGUUAAAGCGAUUUUGCCCAUGGCUUAUAUAAUGCAGAAUCAUCGAGAAUAUGAUGUAGCCUUAUCAAAGUAUAAAGUAGCAGCACAAAUCAUUUCAGAAUCUUCAGCGCUUUGGAAUAAUAUCGGAAUGUGUCUCUACUCAAAACAAAAAUACGUUGCUGCUAUUAGCUCGUUGAAACGAGCGCAUUAUUUGAGCCCGAUGUCCUGUGUUCCGUCGUGCAAUCUCGGAAUCGUUUUUCUCACCACUGGACAACCCGCAUCUGCCGCGAUUUAUUUAUGCGCUGCGGUUAGCGCUGAACCAAAAAAUCCUACACCGUAUCUGUUGCUAGGUCUGGCUCUGAAACGUUUAGAUGAUCUAGAAGGUGCCGAGAGAUCCUUGACGAAAGCUCACGCCCUUGCUCCUCAGGAUCCACUAAUAUUGAUUAAUUAUGCAGUAAUUCUUGACGCUCGUGGUAAACAAGCUAAUGCUACUGAAAUGUUGACAGCACUUAAUGAUAUUAUGGCUGUUGUUGACGUUGAUAUGCAGAUAUCACAAAUGGCGAAAAAAUUGUCGAAGAAAUUGCAGCGUGAAAAAAUAGAAUUAAAUACUAAUCAAGAGUUGCCAGUUGUAGAGAGUGAAGAGCGACAAUUAAGUGCUGAUGAAGUUUAAAAACUACAUUUUUCUUUUUCACCCUCUUUUACCGAGAGGAUAUUUGCAUAUUACAUCCAUACAGAAAUUUAACGAAAUUAUUUAUUGAAACAUUACCACAUUUUACAUUUCUAUUGUAGCAUAUUUUACACACAAGUAAGAUACAAUAGAUUAAUUAACGACGCAACAU